CGCCGGCUGCGGCAGUCUCCCGUCUCGCGCGAGCCUGACGACCGCGCUCUACUUUGUGACUAAAUCACCACUUACCGAGCGCAAUGCGGCCUAGGGGGCUGGCAGCUCUGCUGGCUGCCCUGCUGGCUGCGCUGCCUGCCAACGCCGCUCAGAGGAGGAUCGACCAGGACUUCGAGUUCGACGAUGCCCCGGAGACGGCCGUAACGCACGCGCGUCGUCCUCGGAGAUAUGUUUACGAUCCUGAGAAUCCGAUGUGUCGCGCUCUCGUGUGCAAGAAGCGCGAGGUGUGUCUGCUGCGCGACUCCUACACCGCGCUUUGCGCCUCCAAGAAAGACGUUCUCAGGAGAGGAGAUCAAAUAGUUUCGGACGUGUCGAGCGAUGACGAGGACGUAUUCUACGAGUCUUCCUCGGAGCACCGAGCGGGGUCCAGUCCCGGGUCCGGUCCGGGGUCAGGUCCGGGGUCCGGUCCGGGGCCCGGCCGUUGUGUGGGGUGCGGCGGGGCGGCGCGCGCGGCCUUCCUCUGCGGCUCCGACAACCGCACCUACUCGUCCUUGUGCCGGCUGGACCUCCAUAACUGCGUGCACCGCUCGUCGCCGCCCGUGCGCCUCGCCUGCCGCGGCUUCUGUCCCUGCAAGCCCCGAGCGCCGCGCCCUCGACAGCACCGCACCCGCGGCUUCUACGAAGAUGAACGAAGACGUCGCCGACUCGACUCUCACAACGAGGUGUACGAGCGCCCUUUCCGCCGUCCGUCUCAAGACGUUGAUGGUUGCGCUCUCGAUAAGAUGGCUAACCGUCUCCUCGACUGGUUCUCCGUCUUGAUGGACGAGGCGGGAGGCGUUCCUCCGCCGCAAGAAGGUUUCCCCUCAGGCUGUAAGCCCGAGGUCCGUUGGAUGUUCUCCCACCUGGACGCCGGCGGCGACGGGCUGCUGUCUCCGAGCGACUUGUACGCGCUCCGUCACGACGAGCGCGAGCGUUGUCUCCGGCCGUUCCUGUCGUCGUGUGGUCCGGGGGCGCUGUCUCGUUGGUCCUGGUGCGGAUGCCUGUCCCGGGCCUCUCGGCCGUGCGCGGCGCUGUCUCGGGCUCACCCCGCUCCUCCUCCGGGCUCGUACGUGCCGUCCUGCGAUUCUCGCGGUUGGUACAGACCUCGCCAGUGUCACGCCGCACUCGGCGUGUGUUGGUGUGUGGACGCGCAUGGCGUGGAGCUCGCCGGCUCGAGGACUAAGGGAAAGCCUCGGUGCCCCGGUGAAGACGAGGCUGAGGAGACGGAGUCUCGGGGGGGUGAGGUGAGGGAGGGUGACGUGAGGGGAGCACCAGAUGACGAUGAGGAUGCUGGAGGCAGCGGCGACAGGAACAACGAACUGAGGUUCUAAUAAACAGGAGUGCGAGGGACAAGGAGGGGGGAUGCAGGGGAAGCAGUUCUAAUAUUAUAACCAUUCCAUUAAUUUCAGUAGCUUAUUCUUUUGCAAGCGAAACGAACUGAAACUUACGGUAUUUAAACGACGCGAUGGUUAUCGUGUUAGAGUUCAUUGACCUCUAUACACAAAAGGUCAUUUUUGUUCGUUUUGCUCAAUUUGUUCAUCUUAAAAGAAUAGAUUGUAACGAAUUUUGAUAAAACAGGCCUACAAUAUUUUAUUCUUCGGUUAACGUUUAAGAGAAAUUGGAUAAAGAACUUAUUUUCAUACGUAAAUAAAAAUACAGAGUUAAUUUGCAAAAAAUAUCUUUACCAUUCGUCGUAUUUUCUUACAUUUAAACAUAAGCGCGUAAGCAAGUAUAAGUUACAAAUCAUUAUUUCUCAUCAUAUAGUAUACUAAAUUAUAUAUUAUAGUUCUCAUCAAACAUUGUAGCAAUAAUCGUAAGUAACGUAUUACUUUCAAAAAUUUAACAAACUUAUACUUUAAAAUGUGCUCUAAAAUAAGAAUGUUCCACAACCAGCUUAUGAAGUAAUGAUAUUUAUAAGUUUUUAAUCUAGUUGUAGGCUAGUACCUUGUUAAUAAGAUUUCAUAUAAAGUUCAUGGGCACUAAAUGUUCAAAAUUAAGAAUGAUUUGGAUCAAUGAAUGUAUGUACGUAAUACAAAAGUAAAUAAUGAUUUUUUCACGAGAUAUGAUGCUCUCAGAAAACAAUAUACCUGUUAUGUACUGUGCUUUGGUUUAUGCAAUAAAAAAAUAGUUACUACAUCAA